AUGAAGCAUAUUUCCCUUGAAAUAUAUAUCUCUGGUAGCUUCCGCCCCCGCCAAAAUGGGUUCGAUAGAUUAUCGCUAAAGCUCACAAUGCUCCACAAGUUGCCGUUGGAACAGCUCUCCACUGUGUUUUCCUUCUGCGACGCGCGUUCGGUCGUGGCUCUGAGUCUGGUAUCUCCGUACCUGCGAUCCUGUGUCCAGUCCAACAGAAUUGUGUAUGAACACGCCCUCAACGACAUUUUUUUCGGUCUGACAAAUUCAACAGGCUCUAGAAACAUGUCGGUGGCUCAAUCGCUCAACUUCAUCGCCUCGCUAGGCCACCAAGUCGACAUUGAGCAAGAAGUCAACCUGCUGGCAGCAGAAAAGAUAUCCAAAACCACGAUAGCGCCGUUCCACAACGAUUACGAACUGCACAACAACGUGCUGGUCAACCCAACCGCCACCCUCGACAACUCCUUGUACAAUUUCACCAACCCCAUCACCCAAAAUGACGACUGUCUCACCUGGCUUGUCAAGGACUACCACUAUGUAACCCUUUACGAAAUGAGUCUCCGCGACGGCUUCCUGCGGGUCAAGCACCGAGAAAACAUGGAAAACAUGAUUGACUACAGUGGAACUUCAGUCAGCAGAAGUUCGCAGAUGCAAAUCGGAAGAGGUCACCUGGGCCACUACUACGCCACCAACGAUACCCAGAUUUUCCAGGACCAACUGUGGAUCCGGAAAAAAGAGAACCACGUCAUCAAGUCCAUCAUGUUACCGAUCGGAUACAAUUUGCCCGGUGUGGGGGUUCAGAAGCUGCAGUCCAGAGUCAACAGUCGGUACAGUUACUGCCGCCUGGACUCCAAGGAUGACUCAGCAUGGUUUCUGCUUGACUGGAAUCAGGCCAAGUCUUUUCUGCUAUUCAAAACCGACAAAUACAGCGAUAAGAUUGAUCUACAUGCCUGUGCGGAAACAGGAUGUGUGUUUAUCACCUCAAACACCUCCCUGAACACCCUGAAGCUGUUCCCACGAAUUUCUGAGCGCGAAAUUACUUGGUAUACAGCCCAGACCAACGAUCUACCAAAGUCAUACCUGUCUCUACAAUACGGAUGUGUGGUUAGAGAAGGAGCUGAGGUGACGUAUCUCAAACAUAAGGGGAGUAUCUUGUUGGUGGGACAGGUAGAGGGAACUACACAGUGCUGGAAGUUCACCCGUCCGUUUCUCUCCAAGCUAGAUGCCUACGUCAAGAGAUGUCUGCCUGUAUGGAAAGCAGAUAGUGAAGAAUGGAGAGACUGGAAGAUGGAUCUCAGUGGAUACUUUUAUCCCCAACGAAGGAGAACGAGAUAG